AUGAAGGCGUGGACCUGUUUACCAAACUUGAGCGCGAAUAUAUUCGCGCAAGCGGCCAAAAGGGUCGCGAAUGCUUGGUCUCUUCAAGCAUUUUCCCGAAAAUCUCCAUGGCUUCCUCACUCAGCCCGUGACGUGCAUGGCCCGUCAGUAGAGCAUUCCAAGAAACUUUGUCCCGUAAAUGGGAAAUCUGGUAGAACCAAACUCGAGCUUUAUUCAAGUUGCCGCAUUUCCCGUACAUGUCGAGAAGAGCAUUCGCAACGUAAAGAUUGGAAUGGUACCCUUGUCUGUAGGCAUAGCCAUGUGCUUGUUUUCCGAGUUCUAAAUCCGGAAUUGCUGCACAAAUGUUCAAAAUCAAGCCUAGCGUGA